GGUUGCCGUUGUUUUUUUUUUUGUAACAAGGAAAAUGGCGUCAGCUGAUUCUCAGCCGCGGUUCGGCCAGUCUGUUAAAGGAUUAUUAUCCGACAAGGUGGGCUCCUGUAGCGGGGACGUGAUUGCGUUGACCCGCCAGGUGCUGAAAGGAUCCCGGAGCCAAGAGCUUCUUGGCCAAGCAGCAAGGAAUAUGGUGAUCCAAGAGGAUGCCAUUCUGCACUCUGAAGAUAGUCUGAGAAAAAUGUCCAUCAUAACAACUCAUCUACAAUACCAACAGGAGGCCAUCCAGAAGAACGUGGAGCACUCAAAGAACCUGCAGGACCAGCUGACGCAUCUGCUGAAGUGAUGCAGGACGACAACAACACGCCGUCUGUCACAGGGGUUAAUGUAAUGGUGCUCCCUGAGGCCCCCUGCUGGCCUGUGUGAUCGUCGCCUCAGCUUUUGCUGCUGCAGUGCAGACAGUGGGCGCCAUAACUGGCUCUUCUGUCGCUUAUGUGUCACAUUCGUGUUUGAUCAGUGAAAUUAAGUUGGCUGUUUGGCAGGUUUAGGAUGAAUUGCACAGCUGGACUGGUUACAUGCCGAGGUGUGUUUGAUAUUUUUAAAUGAAAGGAGUCUAAAGUGUU